GGUUGCCAUGACGCGCUAGGUAAUCAAAAAUGGCGGACACUGAACCACAGCUCGAACAAGAAAAUACCGAAGAUACUCUUAAGGAAGAAGACGAAGAAGGAUCUGUUCAUAGUGGCGAAGAGCUUACAGAAGAUGCACAAGCCUUGAAAGAUGAACUUGCAAAAAUCGUCGUGCAUCCGCCUACAGUCGAACAGAUUCCAAAAGAAACAUUUGAUCCGGCAGAAUUUCCAGCCUCUUAUAAAGAAAAUUUACCCAAUGAAAAUCUAGUUCUACAAUUUGCUGAAAACUUCCGUAGACAAUAUGUGCAUUUAUAUCGGGAUAGAAAACCUUUGUUGCUGAAUCCAGUCAAUGAAUGUUUCAUAGAGAAAUUUGUAUGUACAACAAUUCGACCAACCCAGCUUGAGUAUAAGGAGCUGUACAACUGGGAUGGAGCUGCAGAAUUUGUUGCAGACUACCUUAAUUUUGAAACUCUAGAUCCUCCAUAUGAACUGCCAAAACGACUGCUGUCACCGACCACAAUAUUGAAGCGACAGAAAGGCAACUGUUUUGAGUACAGUACGUUACUCUGCUCCCUUCUGAUUGGUGCUGGAUAUGAUGCAUACGUUGUUAGUGGUUAUGCAACAAGAGAGGUGUGUCUGGCAGAUGAAUCAAGAGAAAUAUGCCCACUGCUGAAGAGAAAGGAGGAGAUAAAAGCAGAAGAGAAAAAGAAAGAGUUGAAGAAAUACACAGUGAAACCACCUAAAGAUUUACAGAGCAAGUUUGAACGUAAGCAGGCUGCGAAGGCCCAGGCUGAAAAAGAGGCAGAGGAGGCCAAGCGUAGAGCUGAGGAGGAGGAGAGACUGGCUGAGCUUGAGAAACCCCCUCCAGACCCACUGUAUGGUUUACGUAUUCACUCAUGGGUACUUAUCCUGUCUGGUAAACGUGAAGUACCAGAGAGUUUCUUUGUGGAGCCGUUCACUGGCUUGUCACACCCUGUUGAGAGUACCAACUACCUAGGUAUAGAGAGUGUGUGGAACCAUGUCAACUACUGGGUCAACAUGCAGGACUGCUCUGAGGGAGUAAAGAAUCUUAGUUAUGAUCUUGGAGACUGUACAAGAUGGGAGUACAUGUUCCCAAACACAGACAAACCAUUGUUACAGAUUCCCGAGGCCGAGGAUGACAUCAUGGACGGUCUUGAUGAUGAGGAGGACGACAAACAUUACAUGCGAGAUAACACUAUGUAUUCUGAUGACCAUGAAGCACAAGAGGACCUGGAAAAACAGCUGGAUCUUCCACCCACCUGGGUAGAACCCAUCAGAAUAUCAAAGAAAGAUUUUGAAAUGCGGUGCCCACAGGGAAAGAAGAACAAAUUAUACAAGAGAGCUAAACUUGAGAAAUUUGCCCACUAUCUCAUGAAAGAUGGACUUGUUUCCAGACUGUCAGUGUACUCAGACAGAGAAUUGACAGAUUUGGUAAUGACACGUGAGUAUUUUGCUCACCGUGAGGAUAAGUUAUACAACAGAGUACAUAACCACCAGACAACAUGGAUAACAGAAUACUUCCAACCCGGCAGAGCUAAAUGUGUUAAAGAACAUCAGUAUAAGGCUGGAAGUCCUGGACCUGAGAAUGAGAGGACUAUGUUAUUCUAUGAUGAAGCUAGAGUAGACGGUCUUGUCAAACGUAUUGAGACUCCUGCAGAAAUGACGGAACAUUUUCACAACAGGGAUGAUUUCUUGUAUUACAAACAUAUUGAUUUUGGAAAGAAACCUAAGAAGUUUGGUCCACAAGAUGGUUCCUCUUCACAAACUCAUAGACCUAUACUUAAAAUGAUACUGAAAUUUCAUCGCAACAAGAACAAGCUAGCGAAUGAGGACAUCCUGGAGUGUGUGUUCCUGUGCUCCGAGGACAAGAUACAGAUCACGUACCAUACUGAGGAUAAACGUAUCGCAUCAUCAACACGAGAAUUCCUCAAACCACACAACUGGGAUGAAAAAGGAGCAACCUUGACCUUUUCUCCAGAUAUGCAUCAAACUUUCCAGGUUGGUUCUUCCCUGCCCACUAACAAACAAGUGGAGCUGUACGAGAUGUUACUUUACUUGCUGGAACAAGAGACAAAGAGUAUCGAAGCUGUGCGUGACUCUGAGGAAGAAGUUCGUGAGAUUCUCAAUGACCGUACCCAGGAGGAGGCAACUCAAGAGCUUGAUAUUUCCGUGUAUGACACAGAAAGAAAUGAGAAAGCAAAGAAACAUAGACGUGAACUGGAGAGACAGCAACUUGAGGAGAAGAUGCGUAAACAGGAAAUGGAGAUUGAUUACCUUGCGCCAUUCCUUGCUCAGAUUGGAGACCCAGAUAAGAUUACGAGACAACAGGCUUAUAAACUGAAGGAAGAUUGUCUAGCUGACCUGAAACAAAGACUUAUUGACAAAGCCAACCUUAUACAGGCGAGGUUUGAAAAGGAGACACAGAAACUUCAGAAGAAGCAGGCGUGGUACCAGCAGAAUCAAGUGUCCAUGUUGAAGGACGAUGAGGAAUCAUACCUAGAGUAUUGUAGCCAGGCCAUGUUUAGGAUACAUAUCCUGGAACUGAGACUGAAUAGACACAAAGAUCAGGCACCUCACAAGUACAUGAUGCUGGAACAGACCCUGAGACAAGACCCAAGACUUGCAGAAUAUUUCUAAGCAUUCAUUCAGAGCUGUCAUACAGUGACACAAGUGUGAUAUUCAGCUUACUGAAAUAUUUUCACUUUCAUAAUGUAGACUUUGUUCUAACGUUCAGGCAGUUAUUUAAGCAUUUUGUAAAAGGAUAAAUUUGAAUAUGCUACAUUGGCUGAAAAAUGUUUGCUUAGAAUGGCUGAAUAAAGUUCUCCUCAUUUAUAUAUUGAACAAAAGACUUUUCACUAUUAUGAAGGAUGCUUUUACUGUGAUUCUCUAAAUUAAAAGAUUCUUUAUCAUGAUUGAUGAAUAGAAGUCUCUUUGAUCGGCAGAAUAAAAGACUCAUUGUGUGUUUGGUUGAACAGACCAUUAAUUUCUCCGCUAUAACUUAUUCAGUAAAAAUGUAUUCAUUGAGUUAUCAUUACACUGAAUACAAAUGUUCAGAUUCUUUGAGAAUUGGAGUUUUCCUAUUGAUCUAUAUUUGUAAUAUCAGCUUCAUAAAGUUUAACAAGUGAACAGUGAUAUAUCUGUGAUAUGAAUAUUAUAUUGUAAUAUAUGUGAACAGUGGAUACAUUCUGUUUUGUUUUAUUCUAUGUGUAUUGCAUAUGCACAUGUUUUCCGUCCAUGUCUAAAAAUGAGUACAUGUAUUUAUUGAAAAUAAAAGUCUUAACUGAA